AUGUCUUCACUCAUUGGGCGCCUCUAUUUAUUUCCUUCUUUGUUGAUUCUUUAUUACCUUUUUUUAACGCCUAUACCAAUACACACCUUCCCAUCACCUGACGCUCAAAAUCUUUUUGUUUUUCUCUCUUUCUUUUCCUUUCUUACGUUUUCGAUUACUUUCUUAUUUACAUUUCUUUCUUUCUAUUUGGAAUUCUUUUUAUCCUUCUUCAUCUUUCUUAAUUACCUUUACAAUCUAUCUAUCUAUCUAUCUAUCUAUCUAUCUAUCUAUCUAUCUAUCUAUCUCACUGUAAAAAAAUCUAUCUAUCUAUCUAUCUAUCUAUCUAUCUAUCUAUCUAUCUAUCUCACUACAGUCAUUCUCUUUGUCACAACUAUUUUUACAUUGCAAUCUCUCUCUCUCUCCCUCUCUCUCCCACUUCCUACGAUUUCUCACUGUCGUUGUUGUCUGUCUCGCGAUAAAUCUUUCUCUCUCUGUCAUCACAAGUGUUCUUCUCUCGCUGCAAUCGUUCUAUCUCUGUCUCCCUCGAACGUACACUCAGGCAAUUUCCUUUGUAGCAACAUUUAA